GGUGGUGGUGUGCUUUGUGUUGCAGAGAAAGAGCUUUUCCAGAACCCUCAAACAUAAAUUUGUCCCUGGAAAUCACAUCUGGGAUUUAUUCUGGUGGUCAAAUGGUGGAGGCUAUCUCUAGGACCUAGUAUUUCUGCCUCGCUCGUUUUCCUCACUUUUCUCCGUGGCUCGAGCCACGCGGAAUUGGGCGCGCGGGUGCUUCCGUUACAGGUGAAAGGCGGGAGCCAAUAUCGAAUAUAAUUGUGAACCACGGCACUUGGAUACAGAUGGACAGAGCUACAUUCGGUAUUUUGGAUUUUUCAGGGUUUGGAAUACAAUCAACAUUUUUACGCGCACUCCGAGUACAUUGCCAAAUCUCCGUGGUGUAAUUUAGAUAAUGCACAGUGCUCUUGGGCGCAACUUUACAGCUGAGUUCUCAGAAAGAAAAUCAAAGGGGGGAUACCUUGCGCUAGUCAGGUUGCCUAGCUGUCAAUCGCCUCAUUGUUUUUCUGCGUCUAAGUGACAGUUGCCUUGAAGGUUUGGAUUUCAGCAAUGAGCAAGCGGUUGGAUUUAUCACAUUAUCUAGCGGUGUUCUUCUCGAUGAUGGUACUGUGGCAGUCAAGAUCAAGAGUGGAAUCAUCGGCAUAUGCUUCAGAAGCCUUCAAAAACAAUAUCACUCUGUUCACCCGGAUCUUGGACAGCCUUCUGGAUGGCUAUGACAACCGAUUACGACCUGGACUUGGCGAUCGGGUGACAGAGGUGAAGACUGAUAUUUAUGUCACAAGUUUUGGUCCAGUGUCAGACACAGACAUGGAAUACACUGUGGACGUGUUCUUCCGUCAGAGCUGGAUUGACGAGCGGCUGAAGUUCAAUGGGCCAAUGAAUAUCCUGCGGCUGAACAACCUGAUGGCCAGUAAGAUCUGGACGCCAGAUACCUUCUUCCACAAUGGGAAGAAAUCUGUCGCUCACAACAUGACCAUGCCCAACAAACUGCUCCGGAUCAUGGAGGAUGGAACACUGUUGUACACUAUGAGGUUAACGGUCCAGGCGGAAUGUCCCAUGCACCUCGAAGACUUCCCUAUGGAUUCCCACUCCUGUCCACUGAAGUUUGGCAGCUAUGCUUACACAAUGGCUGAAGUGACGUACAUUUGGACUCGAAAUGCAUCAGCGUCAGUGGAGGUAGCAGGAGAUGGAUCCAGACUGAACCAGUAUCACCUUCAGGGCCAAACUGUCGGGACAGAGACCAUUAAAUCAAGCACAGGUGAGUACACCGUCAUGACAGCCCACUUCCACCUGAAGAGGAAGAUUGGCUACUUUGUGAUCCAGACUUACCUGCCCUGCAUCAUGACCGUCAUCCUCUCCCAGGUCUCCUUCUGGCUCAACCGAGAGUCUGUACCCGCCAGAACUGUCUUUGGUGUGACCACUGUGCUCACUAUGACGACUCUCAGUAUCAGUGCCCGUAACUCUCUGCCGAAGGUGGCCUACGCCACGGCCAUGGAUUGGUUCAUCGCAGUAUGCUACGCCUUUGUGUUCUCUGCCCUCAUCGAGUUUGCUACAGUCAACUACUUCACUAAAAGAGGCUGGGCCUGGGACGGCAAAAGUGUGGUCAACGUCAAGAAGAAGGAGGCAUCCGUCACGAAGAAGAACAAUGCCUACGCUGUUGCCGUGGCAAACUACGCUCCAAACAUCAUCAAGGACCAAGGCGGUAUGCCCACCAUCUCCAAGAGUGCCACCUCUGACCCCAACAAGGCCAAGCCAGAGGUCAAGCCCGAGCAGAACAAGAAGACCUUCAACAGCGUCAGCAAAAUCGACCGUAUGUCCCGGAUUAUGUUCCCUGUGCUCUUCAGUGGUUUUAACCUGGUCUACUGGGCCACCUACCUGAACAGAGAACCAGUCAUAAAGGACAUGGUCCCGUCCAAAUGAAUACAAAAUAUUCACUUUGCAAGGUGACAGGAUUCACUUUACACAGCUGACCCAGGACUGAUGAUCUGUGUGCUUUUAUGUGUGUGAGUUUGGUUACAUGGAGCCGUGGCAUGCACUGGAGUCAAUAUGGUUGCUUUCUUUUGUAGGCGCAUUCAUUACGAGGAGAUACCCAGGUAAAUGAUUACUAACUUCUAGUUGAAUUGUAAUUUGUUUGAGAGAUUAUACUUGUAAAGAGGUUAACAUUUAACGAUUGUUUGUUUAUAGUGAUGUAAGGAUCUUAUCGUUACAUAAAUAAAGAAACCACUGGUGCUUUCUCUAACUUAUAUUUGAACCUCCAAGAAACCAACUGCCAUAAUUAAUUCAACACAAAAAAAUAGUUACCAACUCCUAGUUAUAACCCUGUAUUGAAGACUCCAGUAUAAGAAAGCACAGACAACAAUUUCCUGUUUUUGUUCCAUUAUUAACCUAUAUCAUGCUCUUCAUAUCUUACGAUUUAAUCGGAUCAAAUUCAUAAGUUGGAAUUAAAGACCGUACAGUCAUGUUGCACCAUUUUUUCAAUCACACAGUGAACACAGAUCUACACAAAUGAGUGUUGAUCCUGCAGGUUCCGGCAGUACACAGCUAGACUCACCAUAAGUUCAGGGAUGGAUGAAGGAUCACUUCCUAUCGUAGACUCAAAGACACUGUGACAGAGGACAGUGAAUAGACAGUGUGAGUAAGGUUUGCAGGAAUGUACUGUAUGCCAAUAUUUAAUAUCACUUAUCUAUCAUAGAGUUAUGACUCAAGUAUGUGAUUUCCUGUUGUCACCAUUUUAUAUGCAAUGUAGCUUUUUUUCUCUGAUGCAGAUCAAAGGACCCAGAUGCAUACAGUGGAGUUGGAAAUGAUUGACACCAUUGAUAAAGAGGAGAAAAAACAACUAUAAAAUAAAUCAUUUAAAAAUUGAGCUAUAUUGUAUGCAUGUUAUAUGCUUAAAUGGCCCCCAGGACAAGCAAAGAUCCACCACCAUAUUUUACAGUAGGUAUGGGGCCAAAGAGCUCUAUUUUCAUGUCAUCUGACCAAAGCACUGGUUCCAAUCCAAGUGCCAAUGCCAUUUAGCGAACUCCAGGCAUUUACAUGCAUUUGGGGGGACAUUUUUCUGUGUCUUAUAUUUCCACUCUAUGAGGUUGGAGUAAUACUGGGAAAUUGAGAAAAUUAUGAUAAUGUCCUUUUAGUGUAUGAGCUGUUUCAAAAGGUCACCUAAAAUUUCUGACAGUUUUUGUGGGAUGGAGUUUUGGCCUUCCAUGGUGACAUCACCAUACGGUAAAUGUGUGAAUAGAUCAGUAAGAAAUAGAGUUCCAAACCUCUCUGCUAAUAACAUUUCAAUUUCCGUUUUUCCCUUCCCACUCAGACCACUCCCAGACCGUCCAUUCAAAAUUCUUAGUUGAGAAAUUGUUCUUUGCUAAGAAGCUAUUUUUGUUUAUUUUUGGCCAUUUAAAUGUUUUUUAAUCACAGUAAGGUACUUAAUUGUUCCCCAGACAUUUUAGUAAAAACCUGGUUGCCUCUGCCAGGAGGCUGAAACUUGGCCGCAAGUGGAUGAUAACCAAGACAAUAAGCACAAACCAAAUCCACAAAUAAAUUGUUAAUUGGCCACAAAGACAUUAUUUUGCAAUGACUAUUUCAGUCUCCUGACUUGAAACCCAUUGAGAUUCUGUGGUUUGAAUUGAAGAGGGCAGUCCAUAAGUGUCGAUGAAGGAUAUCAAGGAUCUGGAAAGAUUCUGUAUGGAGGAAUCUAAGUCUCAGUGCCGUUAUCCUCCCAAGGUGAGGUAUUGAAAGGUUUUGAAAACAGGGGUGUCAAUAAUUUUGACCCUUACCUUUUUGAGAGAAAAACAGUUAUAUCAGUUGUUAACCAAAAUCUGUUUCUCUGAUUAAUUGUAAAUAAAUGAAUAAGAUUACCAAUUUUUUUUGCAUACAACAUAGCUCAAUAUUUGAAUUAUUAUUUUAUACCGGCAUUCAUCGUUAUCAAGGGUGUCAAUCAUUUUGGACCAAACUGUAAGUGCUUCUAAUGUAGUCAUAUCAAGUCCAACAGGUAACACUUUGUUUAAAGGUCUGCUUAUAAACUGCUUAUAAACAGUAUUACAUAAAUUGUUAACAUUGAAGCUAAUGCACAAUAUAAAGCUGUUAUUCAUUAUGUAUAUAUGAUUACAUGUCCUCAUAAUAAAUGGUUCCUGAAUUGUAUAAUUAGUUCAUAAAUAGUUAAUAAGCAUGCUUAAAAUACAAAUUGUAAUAAAAGUUCACAAAUCAGUUCAUAUGGACAAGGUUGUCUCUGUUCGU